AUGUUUUUGGCCGCGGAUGGAUAUCAGAAAUACACGAAACCGCUGCAGAUUAUGAAGCCGGACGAGGUCAGUUUGGAAAGGGAAUUCUAUUUCGGAAGAGACGGGAAUGACGGGAGCUUUUUGGAUUUUCGAUGAGCUCAAUUCUUCACAUCUCUGUGUUUCAAGGAUGGCCUAUGAUUCAGGCUAUGAAAUGUGAUUACUCACGCCCUAAUUGACUAUGCAACGUUAAUAAUUGUUUAAAAUUGAGGUAUUCUCGCAUUAUCUAUGUUUGUUUCGCAUGUGCUUCAUUAAUAUGAAGGAUAGAGUGAUUGUGAUACGUAGCUUUUUCAAUCUGAUUUAAAAUAACAUACUACUAUUUUGAGCAUUGACGUCUGUUUAACUUUCCCGACCUAUUUGUAGCAGUAAUGUCUUUUUCAUCUCAUCUUUCUAAUAAUUUCCAGAACGGCGUCUACGCGUACGACAUGAAAAUCCGAAAGAAAUUGACGAUGAGCUAUCAGAAUGACAACGCGGCGAAACACGCGACGCCCGUCGACUACGACUACAAAACUGUAAAAUUCCCCCCUUUCGCCUAUAAAUAUGACGAACGUUUCCAGCAAAAAUGGACGAAACGAGAGCCGAAUCAGUUGAUGCCGUGCUUCCAGAACUACUCGUUCAAUAUCGAGUCCGAUCCGGGAGACGCGGAUAAAAUGGAAGAUGUGCUCGUGGCGGACGGACUGCACAAAAGGGUCAUCACCAUCAACAAUGACAUGUAAGUGGAAAAAAGGGAAAAGUUGAUGUGUACCUAGAGAAGAAGUAUAUAGUAAAUAAGGAAGUAAAACUUGACACUAACCUGAAACUGACAACAUUUCUUCAUCAUAAUUGAGUGCCUCACAGGCCCGGGGAGCCGAUCGUGGUGCCGUACAUGUCGGAAGUAUGGAUCCGCGUGAGCAACCAGAUCCUCAUGGACUCGAUGACGAUCCACGUGCACGGCAUCGACAAACACGGCAUGUGGUACAUGGACGGCGUCGCUUUCGUGCAGCAGUGUCCGAUUCAGAGCACAAAUCGCUUCGAGUAUCGGUUCAUUGCGGACAAUAAAGGAACGCAUUGGUACCACGGACACAUGCAAACGGACAGGGGCGACGGAAUCGCCGGAGGUACGGUUGAUUGAGUCGAUAGUAUCCUUUUUGAAUAAAUUGAACAAUGAUUAGCUUCGAUCAAAAGUGGGGAGCUUGACGAUUGAAUUGUAGUGUAAUAGUAAAAGUAAAUGACACAUUCAAUUCGUAAUAUUGUUUCGCAGCGCACAGAAGUAUACUUGAAACUUCUGUGCAACAAAAAACAUGUUGCUGUUUUAACCUGUCUACAUUUAGUUGUUGAGCAUCUCGACAUACUGAAUAACCACAUCAUACCGUACGUCCUCAUCGUUUUUCCAGGAUUCAUAGUGGUCGAUCAGAACGACACUUCGGUCCCGACUCUCGAUGAUCGAAAGAGAAUCAUUCCAAGCAGAGAAUACUUUAUCCUUCUUCAGGUGAGCGAGCAUCCAUCAUACAAACAUUCAAACAAUUCAUCUCAAUUCCAGGAUUGGGCGACAAAAGUCGGAGAAGAGGCGUGGAUGCAAUUGGAGGACAAGACCAUGAAAUGGAUGUACGGAUACGAUGACUUCACAAAGUGCUGGGAGCCAACUAGGACCUCAGACGGAGGAAAUGUGGGCGGAGCCGUGCCGAUCUCGGCGAUUCUGCUCAACGACAAAGGAUGGUACGACCACGACAUUGUGAAGACCCAACCGUUCAACCUGCCUCUCGAGAGAUUCAAGAUCAACGCCAGCGAAGACGUUCUCUUCCGAAUCGUGAACGGAGGAGUGGCCCAGGAACUGAUGCUGUACGUGGAGGGCCAUUCGAUGGUGGUCGUCUCGGCGGAUGGAGAUGAAGUCGUCCCGAUGCAGGUGGACAGACUCAUCGUGUUCCCGGGAGAGCGCUACGACAUUCUCAUCAAAGGACUGGACAAACCGACGAAGAGGAGCUACCGGAUCCAGGUGGAGACCGUUCAGAAGUACUUUUUCGACUGGACCGAGAUCCCGAUCACCUACGGAUUCGGAUUCGUGGAGUACGAGGAUAGCAGUCUGCCGGAGGAGAAGGUCACUCGUAAGUUACCCUGUCUGACAUCCUCUUUACCGCUUUUCCAGCCAAUCUGCUGCAUCCGGAGUGCACGUCGGACAAAAAGUGCUCCGUGCUCAAUUGUCCGUUCGAAAAAUGGGUCGCCCAGCCGAACUUCACGUGCAUUUCCUACGAUAAACUCGAGAAUCCGUAUGCGGACAGCAUCGAGCAGGAGAUUCUUCAGGCGACAGAGUUCAACGGCGGGUUCGAGGUGAUUUCACGGGUUCAAACUAUUGAUUUCUGUUAUUGAUGCUACCCGCAAAGCGAUCUCAGCGAGCUCACUACGAGGUAUUACAGGAACACUUCAUAAACAUGCACCAUGACUCGCAAAUGGACCAAUUCCUGUUCCAGUUCCCCUGGGGAAUUCCCUAUUAUCACUCGAAUGACAUGUCCUCCAUUUCGACGGUAAGCACUGCUUCUUUUAACAUCACAAAAACAUUUUCCGAAGUGACGACUCUCAAAGUGUUCCACGUGCAAAUUCCAGGAUUGUUCCCAAACGGCUUGCGCGAACAACUCGGCCUCGGAUCUGGACACCACGUGCCGUUGCUUCUACCAUUUGGAGCACAAACUGAACAACAUUGUGCAGAUCACCCUGUACAACAUGGGAUUGGGCGGCGCGAUGGGCACCGGAUACGCGCAUCCAUUCCACCUGCACGGCCAUCACUUUUACGUGAUGAAAGUGGGAUGGCCGACGUACAACGAGAGCGGCUUCAUCGAUCAAAUGAACGCGGACAUUGAUUGUCCGGGACCGGAUGUCAGUUGCAACGGAAAGAAAUGGAGAAAGACCGAGUGGCUGGGCGGGGCGUUGGAGGGAAUGAAUGUGAAGAAUCCGACGAAGAGGGACACGAUCACACUUCCCGUCGGCGGAUACAUCACUAUCAGGUGAGCAUUGCAUCUAAAAGAAAGUAAAAAGAUUGCUCACUUAAUAGAAUAAUCUAACAUAAGAACUCUCAUAUGAGUUUGGUGAAACAGUAAAGUUAUAACUGGGUUAGAAGACGUCCUAGAGUUCGGAAAAGUUUUGUGUGACAUCUUCAUACAUACAUCUACUGUACACAUUUUCAGAUUUCGUGCAGUAAACCCCGGCUGGUGGUUCGCGCAUUGCCAUUUGGAACUUCAUUUGAUGGGCGGAACUGGAUACGCGUACAAGGUAACUAUUCAAAUCAGUGUAACUCGGCUGCCUGUGGAAAUAUCAAAAUGAGGUCAACUGAUAAUAUGUAGACAAUGUCUUAAAGAACAAUUUAUCAGUUGGCAACAUUUUGAUAUCUGCACCGACAGCUGAGAUAUAUCGUUUUGAAUGAACGGCAUUCCAUAAAUCCUGUAUUAGCAUUGAUGUUUCAAAGUUGUAAAAUGUGAAUUCAGGUGGGGAACGACAACCAAAUCUACAUGCCUCCGGACAAUUUCCCGCACGAUUGCGGCAGUUUCAAAGUGGACAAACUGCCCGAAUUACGGCUUCCCAAAUCGGACAAUUCGGCCGUUUCACUCAAAUUAUUAUCCGUUUUUCUACUUUUAUCGUUUAUCAAUUGUCUUCAAAUUUUGACCUAAAUACGAUCUAUUUAAAUCAGAAAUGUUGCAAUGUCUCUUUUUUUGCCAGAAUUCUCAGUAAACAAGAUCCCAGUUUGCAAUAGAUUGAGCUCAUAGUUUGUUCGAUAUUGCUAUUACUGUUAUUCGUGAACUUUGAUCUCAUCACGCGUGUUGCUAUGACGAUAAGAGAGAAAAAGAAUCAGUUCCGACAAAAAUUUGUGAACAUUUAGACGUUUCUGGAAAAAAGAUGGAAAUCGUACCGUUCGGUGAGUUUCCCAAACCUUUUUAGGUACAUUUUAUGGAAUUUCAGCGAAAAUAGUGCUCGAAAUAUCGACCGUUCUCGGUUUGACCGUCAAAAUUGUGUCGCAAUGUGCGAAAAAGAAGCAGCAGAAGCCGGAGUCCUCGCAUUCGAGCAAGGCGAGCAAGGUUCGAGCAACUAGAUGCCUUAUAGCUCAAACCUUUUUUUGCAGAAGCAAGGAAAGAAACUCGAAGUUUCACAAUUCACACCAGUCGAUCAGCCAAAGGUGUCUUCGAUGCAGAAGAGUCGAAAGAGCGAGAAGAAGGAGGAGACGAAGGAUCCGGGCAAGAAGGCGACGGUCCCGGAAGGGGGCAAGCAGCCGAGCGAGCGGGAUUCGAAGAAGGCGAAGGAGGAGGCGAAGAAGAGCGAAAUGAAGCAGGGCACGUCUUCGCAGAAGAACCAGCCGACGAAGCCGAUGGACGGGACACAGGCGGCGCAGACGGACGGAGCACAGGUCGGAGGCAAAGGCGAUGCAGGGAAGGACGACGAGCCGAAGGUUAUCAGGGCGGAGGAGUGUCCCGACAUGGAGGAGACUAUCGAGGAGAACAGGAAUCGUGAGUGCUACUACAAUAACCCGGAACUUCGUCCCUUUUCAGCCGCAUUCACGGAUCGCAUCGAAGCGUUCAUCAACACAAAUCCGCACAUGAUUCUCGCGCCGUCCAACGUCAAAUACCUCGGAAAUAUCGAUCAGGAGAACGUACGGAAAACCCUAAAAAGCCAUCGAGACUCUUGUAUUUGCAGGAAGAAAAGUCGAAAAAGGAUGACGAUGAGGACAAGGAAAUAAUUGCGGCGUGUGCGAAAUUGGGAUACAAGACGGAAAUGAAGCUGAAGCCAGCCGGAGAAAAGACGAUGAAGAGGGACGUGGAAUCGGAGAAGAAGGCGUCCGACGACCCGAAACAGAGAGUGGUGCUGAAGAAGGAGAAGUGCGUGAUGGUGGAGACAAAGGAACUUCAGACGGAGGAGGAGGAGGAUGUGAUGAAGGAAGGCGCCGCGCCCGAACCACUCUAG